AUGGAGGCUCUAGACCACGAAGGAUUGUUUGAACAGGGAGAGCUUCAUCACGAGCAGUUCCUCCACCUCGGAAAUCUGGAUGACAUUGAGAAGGCUAUCGAGUAUGGAAACCGUGCGCUCGACCUGACUCCGAAUGAACACCCACGCGUGCCAACCCAGCUCACUUGUCUUGGAGCGUAUUACAACGAUCGAUUUCGUCAGCUCGAUAACCCCGAAGAUAUGGAGAAAUCAAUUGACUGCCACAAACGUGCGCUUGGAUUGACUCCUGAAGACCACCCGGAGUUUGCGUACCGAUUAGGCAAUCUAGGAAUAUCUCAUAGUGUUCGAUUUCGACACCUAGGGCAACUCGAAGACCUUGAGAAAUCAAUUGACUGUAAAGCCCGUGUCGUCGCUCUUACUCCAGAUGGCCACCCAGACCUUCCAAACUGGCACGCGACUCUGGGAGUAUCCUACGCCGACCGGUAUCGAUGCCUGGGCGAACUCGACGAUCUCGAGAAAUGGAUCGAAUCCGACUCUCGCGCACUCGCGCUCACUCCCGACGAUCACCCGGAUCUACCAGAACGCCACGCCAACUUGGGGAUGUCAUAUGGUGUUCGAUAUCAGCGGCUAGGAGAACUCGGCGACCUCAAUAAAUCCAUUGAUCACAAGACUCGUGCACUCGAACUGACCCCCAACGGCCAUCCAGAUUUGUCAUAUCGUCAUGCUGAUCUCGGAGCGUCUUAUGGUACUCGAUACCAACGCUUGGGACAACCCGAAGAUCUCGACAAGUGGGUCGAAUGUGACUCUUGCGCGCUCGCGCUUACUCCCGAUGGCCAUCCAGACUACCCGGAACGCCAUGCCAACUUAGGAAUGUCAUGUGGUAUUCGAUAUCAACGUUUGGGGAAACUCGACGACCUUGACAAAUCGAUUGAGCACAAGACUUGUGCAGCGGCGCUCACUCCCGACGGCCACCCGGACCAAUUGGAUCGUUAUGCUGACCUCGGAGCGGCGUAUGGAGACCGAUUUCAGCGUCUUGGUACACCAAGUGAUCUCGAGAAAGCAAUUAAAUGCCAAGACCGCGUACUUUCGCUCACCCCCAACGGACAUUCCGAGUUGUCUUUGCGACAUUUCAAUCGAGCCAUACUUCUUCACAAUAAAUAUAGGCGUACGGGUAAUCGCUCUGACUUGGACAACUCGCUCGGUUCAUUCCGUAACUCCUCCGAUUUAUCAAAUGGGGCAACGCGUGAUGUUUUCAACAAUGCCCUACGUUGGACAGAGCUUGCGUCUAAAUAUAGCUACCUCGAACCCGUCGAAGCUUUCCGUACGACUCUCGAACUUUUGGAUCAGUUUAUUUGGCUUGGUGGCGCCACCAAAGAGCAACAACUUCUAGAUCUAUCAGUAGCCGAAGGCCUGGCGGCACAAGCUGCUUCCACUGCUAUUCUGUCCUUGGAAUUCAACAAAGCGCUCGAAUGGCUGGAACAUGCGCGCCGCGCCGUAUGGAAUCGGAGGCUCAUUCUUCGAUCUCCUCUGGAUAACCUUGCAUCGUCCCAUCCCGAUCUUGCUGCUCGACUGGAGUCAAUUACCCAGCAACUUCAUCGUACUAGUUCCGAGUCUCCAGAGUCCCGCCCGGUCCCUCCAGAACAUCGACACCGCCUAAUCACGGAAUAUAUUGAUUUACUAGCCCACAUUCGUGACUUGCCUGGAUUUGGGGACUUCCUUCUUCCGACCAAGGUCAAGGAUCUACUCCGUGCUGCUCGAAACGGCCCUGUUGUUGUUAUCAAUUGUCACGAAACUCGUUGCGACGCACUUCUCAUUUUACCUGGAAACAAUCGUAUCAGCCAUGUGGCGCUUCCCAACUUUACCGAACAGAAAGCACGAAAUGCUCGCUCGGAAGUGGAAGCGUGGUUGCGACGCGGGCCAAUCCCGGAGCGCAAGGUCAGACGCCCACUCCAGGAAACCGAUCCGGCCAUGGGGCUUGUGCUUUCAAAUCUGUGGUACGAUGUUGUCAAGCCAGUGCUGAAUUACCUGGGGUAUCUGAACAAUCCUCCAACGGACGAACUCCCGCAUAUUACAUGGUGUCCCACUGGUGUUGCAUCUCUCUUGCCCCUGCAUGCCGCUGGAGAUUAUGACCAACCAAGGUCAAGGGUGUUCGACCACGUUGUAUCGUCCUACACGCCCACGCUCACUGCCCUACUCGCUUAUACUCCGACCGUACCGAGCUGCAUUCCCGAGAUACUCGCUGUCGGUCAAGACUCUACGCCUGGCCAUAGCCCUUUGCCUGGCUCCGUCAGCGAGCUUACACACAUCAGAUCGCAUGCGAAGGAUAGAGCAGGCGGAUUUUAUCUCCACGACGGUGCUCUCGACCUUGCCGCCAUCACCCGACGGUCGUUCAAGGAUAAAGGACUGGCGUUUCUGUCCGUUCGCCAGGGUCCGAUGGCGCAUGAAAAGCUGCCUGACGAAGUGAUACACCUUGCGUCUGGUAUGUUAAUGGCGGGAUACCCGAGUGUGAUUGCACCCAUGUGGUCUGUGGCCGACGAUGACACACCCUUUAUGGCUGACAAGAUAUAUGCGCAAUUAAUGGAGAGUAGGAAAAUCGGGAAUGGAGAAGUAGGGAAAGCGUUGCAUCAUGCUUUGGCAGCACUGCGCGAGAAGGUUGGUGAGAAGGAGUUUGGACGCUGGGUACCUUAUAUCCAUAUCGGAUCGUAG